UCCUUCUCUCUGCGCCUCUCGAACCAUCGCUCUGACGUCGACGCCGCAAACCCGUCCUGAUUUAUUGGCCCCAUCGUUCCAGUUCCUUCGCCAUUUUUCCCAGCUCGCCGACGCCGAGACCGCAGCACCAAUUCCCAACCGUGCGAUCCUCAACUGCAGUCCCAGCGGACCCCAUCCGAGCUAGCUCUCACGUUCCAAUCAAUGGCGGACCUCUUCUUCGGGGGAAGCCCUUUCCGGCGGCUACUCUACGCCCGCCCCUUCGCCUCCGCCACGGCCGCCAUGGACUGGGUGGAGACCCCGACCUCCCAUGUCCUCCGCAUCAACGUCCCGGGCCUGGGCAAGGACGACGUCAAGGUCCAGGUGGAGGACGGCAACGUACUCAGCGUCAGGGGCGCGGCCAAGGAGAAGGGAAAGGAGGGGAACGAGGAGGAGGCGGUGUGGCACGUGGCGGAGCGCGGGAAGCCGGAGUUCGCGCGGGAGGUGGCGCUGCCGGAGCACGUCAGGGUGGAGCAGAUCAGGGCCAGCGUCGACAACGGCGUGCUCACCGUCGUCGUGCCCAAGGAGCCCGCUCCGGCCCGCCCCCGGACCAGGCCCAUCGCGGUCUCCAGCAAGCUCUGACGCCGGACUCUGUUUAUUUGCUCAAAAAAUAGAAAUCUGGUAUGUUUAUGGGGUUGGUGAUGUGUCAACGUAAAUCGACCGUGAAAGUUGUACUGUGAUGUGAUAAAUAUGCCAAGCAGCUGUGAAUAAUAAACUAGUAGCCGUGAAUGAUUUUACUGUAAAA